AUGACGAGGUUUGUAGGAUGUAUUGACCUGCACAACGGUCAAGUGAAACAGAUCGUCGGUGGAACGCUCACAGAUAAAGCAGAUGACACUCCAAGAACAAAUUUCGUCUCACAACACUCUUCCUCCCACUAUGCACAAUUGUACCACGAUAACAAAGUCACUGGGUGUCAUGUCAUCAAAUUGGGUCCCAACAAUGAUGAUGCAGCUUUACAGGCUUUGAAACAGGCCCCUAAUUUUUUACAAGUGGGCGGCGGAAUCAACGAUACCAACUGUCUUCAAUGGUUGGAAUACGCCAGUAAAAUAAUCGUUACUAGUUGGCUAUUUGACAAGCGAGGUGUUUUCCAACUCGAUAACCUUGUUAAACUCGCGCAAAUGUGUGGUAAAGAUCGUAUUGUCAUUGAUUUGAGUUGUCGAAAGAAAAUCGACGAACAGGGAACUCGGUGGAUCGUAGCAAUGAACAGAUGGCAAACGCUGACAGAUCUUGAAUUGAAUGAAGAGACGUUUAAAUCACUUUGCGAAUACUCCAAUGAAUUUCUCAUUCAUGCCGCUGACGUAGAGGGAUUAUGUCGUGGGAUCGACGAAGAACUAGUAACAAAACUUUACGAAUGGACAAAGAAUCUACCCUCACAAAUCAAGAUAGUCUAUGCCGGUGGUGCCAAGAGUGCCUCUGACCUCGAUUUAGUUGACAAAUUGAGUCAUGGGAAAGUAGACCUCACCUAUGGCAGUGCCCUUGACAUUUUUGGCGGCUCGUUGGUCAAAUUUAAUGAUUGUUGUAAUUGGAACGAAUCUCAUUAG